AUGUGCUCUGCUCAAUCUACUGGAUCUCCGACGAAUCUCACGAAAAGCAUAACUGAGUGCGACGUGCUCCACAGCGAGCGGUCGAGGAGUGAAGAACUGCAGACACUCGCAUUGACGCCCUCAGCGAGAUUGACGCAUUGGAGAUCAAGAAACUGCGCGGAAGACCGGGCAAAGUCUUCUAGAACCUUUAUCGACAUCGCCCAUGCCGGAGUCAAGGAGAUUGGACUGACAGCUGGUCAAGAGCUCACCGAAAUGAGCAAUGGUCGUCCACUUCCACCGUUGCUACAAGAGCCUCAAGUCUCCAUUCCAGAUGAUAGUAACAUCUGCAGUGGUGGUAGUAUACGAGGAUGCAGUAAUUCAAAUGAAGAUGUCACGUGCGAACAGAAAGGACGGGACGUAAACCAUUGGUGCUGGGCCUACUCUUUUCUGCAUUUACGACCACUCUCUGCAAGUACAUUAGCAGUAAGGUACGAUUUCGAUUUUUUUCUGCCGAUUCUCGGUUGA